GCGCGGGUUCCGCAACCCCGAAUCGCAAGGGCCGGAUGUGACGUAUCGGAGGCCACGCGGGCGGCAGUGUUAUGUGCAGGAGGCGGAAGUCGGCCAUGGCCACCAGGGGGCAGUGGGCGUGUGGUCUGUGUCGCCGGGGAUGGGAGGAGAGCAACGACUGCUCCUGGCCUCAGUGCUGGCCACUUUUCUGUCCUUCAAGAUUCAGAAGACGUGCAAUUUCCUCCGGGAAGCCCUUCUCUGACCCUUGUAAGGAAUAGCAAUCAUUGAUACUUCCUGAUUCAUAAGAGCUCUUCUAGUCAUCCAAAAGUCACAGCAACAUAAAGGUCUCUGAGGUUCCACCAAAAUAUGGAACUUGAUUUUGGACAUUUUGACGAAAGAGAUAAGACAUCCAGGAACAUGAGAGGCUCGCGGAUGAACGGGCUACCUAGCCCCACUCACAGCGCCCAUUGUAGCUUCUACCGAACCCGAACCUUGCAGGCACUGAGCAACGAGAAGAAAGCCAAGAAGGUACGUUUCUACCGCAAUGGGGACCGCUACUUCAAGGGGAUUGUGUACGCUGUGUCCUCUGACCGUUUUCGCAGCUUCGACGCCUUGCUGGCUGACCUGACACGAUCUCUGUCUGACAACAUCAACCUGCCUCAGGGAGUGCGCUACAUUUACACCAUUGAUGGAUCCCGGAAAAUUGGAAGCAUGGAUGAACUGGAGGAAGGGGAAAGCUAUGUUUGCUCCUCAGACAACUUCUUUAAGAAGGUGGAGUACACCAAGAAUGUCAAUCCUAACUGGUCUGUCAAUGUGAAGACAUCUGCCAAUAUGAAAGCCCCUCAGUCCCUGGCCAGCAGCAACAGUGCCCAGGCCAGAGAGAACAAGGACUUCGUGCGCCCCAAGCUGGUGACCAUCAUCCGCAGUGGGGUGAAGCCUCGGAAGGCUGUGCGUGUUCUUCUGAACAAGAAGACAGCCCACUCUUUUGAGCAAGUCCUCACUGAUAUCACUGAAGCCAUCAAACUGGAGACUGGGGUUGUCAAGAAACUCUACACUCUGGAUGGAAAGCAGGUAACCUGUCUCCAUGAUUUCUUUGGCGAUGAUGAUGUGUUUAUUGCCUGCGGUCCUGAAAAAUUUCGCUAUGCUCAGGAUGACUUUUCUCUGGAUGAAAAUGAAUGCCGAGUCAUGAAGGGAAACCCAUCAGCCACAGCUGGCCCCAAGGCAUCCCCAACACCUCAGAAGAGUUCAGCCAAGAGCCCUGGCCCCAUGCGCCGGAGCAAGUCUCCAGCUGACUCAGGUAACGACCAAGACGCAAACGGAACCUCCAGCAGCCAGCUCUCUACCCCCAAGUCUAAGCAGUCUCCCAUCUCUACGCCCACCAGUCCUGGCAGCCUCCGGAAGCACAAGGUAGACCUGUACCUGCCUCUGUCCUUGGAUGACUCAGACUCACUUGGUGAUUCCAUGUGAAGGAGGAGAGAGUCCAGAAUACAAACGCAAGCUUACCGUUACAAUAGGGUACUUCUGCUCAAGUGUCCAACAGGGCUAUUGGUGCUUUCAAAUUUUUAUUUUGUUGUUGUUGUUGUUACUUUUAAAAACACACUGUAAUAUGUUGGGUUUAUUUUCCUGUGAUUUCUCCUCUGGGCCACUGAUCCACAGUUACCAGUUAUAAGAGAUAGAUUGAUAACCAUCCUUUGGGGGUAACUUUCCAGGGAUGCAAAAUGUACUAGUCCGUGAUCUUUCUAUUGGAUACUUAGGCACCUGCAUUAUUUCCCCCCAUCUCGCUUUCCUCAUCUGUGACAGCCUUCCCUCUGCAGAGAGUUUUUUACACACAUAGCACUUAAGAUGUGUGUGGUGGCGGGGAGGGGAAAAUCUUUGGCAAAUUCAAGAGUAACAAACAUAAGCAUCCCUUGUCUCCCCAUCUCAAGAAAGCUGGAGGAUCCUGGGAGGACGGCAAGGCAGCUCCCCAGCCUGGCACUUCACUCCUGAUUGAAACUCUAGUUUGUUGUUUAGCACUAAUUCUGGAUGCCAAGAGGGAGAAGCACCAGCAACUUGUCAUUCUGACUCCAGAGGCUUAGGACCCUGGUGUAGGAUAUCUUAAAGAGACUAGGCAAAAUUGGAAAACACUGUGGACAUUUCAAUAGUGUUUAUAAAGCACAGUGAAUUCCUUGUCAACAUCUCCACUGGGGCAAUUUAGAGUCAAUAAGCAAUUAAUAACAGUUGGGGGUGAGGGGCUUUCAUAUACCUGGGUCCUCUAAGAGGCUGUCUGCCCUAGCGAGUUAGGACACAAACUGUACGGUAUCCAUCUAUCUCUGUUCUAUUGAAUGCCUUGUAAACAGCCAACACUGAAAACACUGUGAGAAUUUGUUUUCAGGUCUGACACCUUUCAGUCGCUUUUUAUAGCAAGAAACCAAUAUCCUUUUUAUAAAACCUUGUGUCUGUAUUUCAGGAGCAAACUCUUCAGGCUCCUUUUUUAUAAACUGGUGAUUUUUCUUUUGUCUAAAAAACACAUGCAGAAAAUUUACCAAAAAAAAUGCAGAAGAAUAAUGUAGUUUAGAAAUCAUGCUGUCACUGCCAAACAGAAACUUCCAGGAAAAAAAAAAAAAAACAAAAUGAAUAGCAGAGGCCAAU